AUGGAGGAAGCAACAACAUCUACAGUUUUAUUAGUAGCAAAGAUAGGAGCAAUGAUUGGUCUUGGCUUUGGUUCUUUGCUUUUGGGAAUGUUACCGUUGAUUGUCGGACGUUACAGGAUGAAUCAUCGUCAAAAACGACAUCGCGGAAUUUUCAGUAAUUCCAGUACCUGUACUUCCACAUCAGUUUCAAAUGCUUCCUCCUCCAGUGUAAUCUCUGGAUCUGCAACGAACUCACAAGGUCUGCAAACAUCGUUGCUACUCUGCUUCGGCGGAGGAGUCCUCCUGUUCACCACAUUCUUGCACCUAGCCCCAGAGGUCCGCAUCAGCGUAGAGAGACAUCAAGCAAAUGGUCAACUGCCUACUCUGGGCACGCUAAGUCUGUCGGAGCUGUUAUUCUGCGCCGGAUUCUUUCUCGUCUACUUCGUUGAGGAGGCAGUGCACGCAGCGCUGACGGGAAAACCCGAGUCAUCGGAGGCACUACUGUAUAGAACAGUGUCUGUACGUAGGUGCAACAAUCAGCCAGGUGCAUCAACAACCACAACUAUGGGUUCGAGUACCACUGUGUCCUCCACAACCAGAUCCACCUGGAAAGAAACUAAUGAUGAUUUAGAAGACAGCGAAAAUGAACUAAACAAACGAUCUAGACAACAAGAUUUAGAAGAUCUUCGCGAUGGCAAACAACAUCAAAUGUUACCCGCCAUAUUUGUUCUGUCUUCUUCUACGAGAUUAUCCGCCACGGACUGCAAUCCUCGGGACAACGCGAGACACCAUUCUAACACAGAAUUAAAUCCUUAUCCCAGGAUGAAACACCACGAACAUAAUCAUGUCACCAUGACAAAAAACACCUCGAUACAAGGAUUGUUGACAGUUCUUGCUCUGUCUUUUCAUGCAAUUUUUGAAGGUCUAGCUGUUGGUUUAGAACCCUCUAUUGGGUCUGUUGUUUACUUGGCUGCUGCUAUAGCUACGCAUAAACUGGUGAUUUCAUUCUGCGUUGGUAUGGAACUUUAUGUAGCUGGUGCCUCUACGAGGACCACUCUUGGAUAUUUAACAAUAUUCUCAAUGGUAACACCGAUUGGUAUCGCUGUUGGAUUGGCUCUUGGCCACUUCAAAAAUGAUAGUGAAAAUUUAGGAUCUACCCCUACGAUACUACAAGGAAUGGCAGCUGGAACAUUGCUGUACGUGGUUUUCUUCGAGGUGCUGGCACGCGAGAGAGCUAACGAGAAAAGUGGUCUCUUACAGUUGACUGCCAUAAUUAUCGGAUUCAUGCUGAUGUUGGGUCUACAAAUCGCUACCGCGCAUUCUCACUCUCAUUCCCAUUCCCAUUCGUAUAAUGGUCAUACACACGUACACGGCCACGAGACUGCGCAUCAGGAGAAUGAUCACGAUCCUGAGCUGGACUCUCAUGAACACAUCUAUUCCAAUGAAAUGAGCGAACGAAUACUCACCGACAAAAUCUAUAGAGUGACGGAAAGCAUCGCGGAGACAGUCAGCAACGUUUUAUCUUCCACGAUAAAAGCACAAACCGAUGUUCCCUUCAGAAGUAGUAAUAACGAAACAUUACAUACGAAUCGAAGCUAAAAGUCAUUUGCGCGGGGAGAAAUCCCUUGACUAAGCCGUUAAUAUUUCAUUCUUGGGACAAAUGUCUCCUGAUUGACACUUACUUUUGGGAAUCUAUCAACCGCGCUGCUUAGAAUUUAUCGAUCAUUUCAAAAAAAUGCAUAAAGAGUUAGAAAAAUAAAAGGAAGAUCUCGAUGAAAGGACAGUAUUAUGAAACGUUGGUUUUAACCUAGGAAAGGAAAACAAACUCCUGUUCUACACGUAUUAUGCACAUAUCACGCUAUUUGUACAAAUAUAAAUAGUUAAUGGUGAUCUUUGUGAAAUACAGUAGAAAUGUAUCUGAAACAACAAAAAGCAUUAUUGCCUUUGAAUGCCCAAAUGUGAUAUGAUUAACGAAUGUAACUAUGUAAUUGUGCUACUUACUAUUUUUUAAAUGUAAUAUAAAUUACAUAGAAUAUCUAUAUAAA